AUGGAAGAAGCUAAACUUUUCUUAGCAUUUCCUGUAUUUGUUAUAUCAAUGGUUUGUGUGAUAAUAUAUGUUGUUUAUGAUUUGUGCCUGAAACCUAAAUUCCUCAGAGCAAAGCUUAUAGAGCAAGGAAUUGAUGGCCCAAAGCCUACUCUCAUCAUGGGAAACAUGCCUGAUAUACGACAAAUCAAGUCUAAGGAACUGUCAAUGGACGAAGCAGUGUGGGAAAACUUUCUCUUUUGCACUGGGAAAGACACAAUUGUGUAUAUAGGAGAUGGUGAAUUGGUGCGAGAGAUGAGUCUUUGCAAAUCCUUAAACUUGGGGAAGCCAUCUUACAUGCAUAAGGAACGAGGGCCUCUAUUGGGCAGGGGUCUUCUCACGACAAGUAAGGAAGUCUGGGUGCACCAAAGGAAAACCAUCGCUCCUACAUUAUAUGUGGACAAAAACAUGUUUAGCAUAGUGCUCGAAUCUGGGAACACCCUUGUCAAAUCAUGGGAGCAUUUGGUUGACACUGAGGAUGGGAUUGCAGAUAUGAGAGUUGACGAUUAUGUGAAGACUUUUACAUCAAGUAUAAUAUCUAAUGUCAUGUUUGGAAAAUAUGAAGCUGCAGAAAAACUCUUGUUUUCCAGGUGUAGAGAUCUCAUGGAAGUUUCUGGAUCACCUACAGUAUUAGAUGGCUAUCCUUUUAAUAGGAGUGAGGGUGAAAGCAUAAUACAAACGCUUGUGGACGGCGCUAAGCAUGGAGAGCUUGGGUCAUCUACACCUCACCAAUUUAUAGUUGAUAACUGCAAGGAGCUGUGCAUUGUAGGAAUGGAAGUUCCCGGCAUCACUGCAAUUUGGGGGGUAGGAUUUACAGCCCGGGAGGCACUAGCAGAUGUACAAAUUGGGAAUAAGGUGUGUGUUCCAAAAGGAGUCAACAUUUGGAUAUGGCAAGCAGCUCUGCACCGUGACCCUCAGCUCUGGGGUUCAGAUGCUCUCAAGUUCAACCCGGAUAGAUUCGCUAAUGGGAUCUCUGGAGCCUGUAAAAUCCCUCAGGCAUAUACACCCUUUGGCCUUGGCCCACGGACAUGUCCUGGAAUGAACCUUGGCAUGAUGGAGCUCAAAGUCAUAUUCCCCAAAGUAUCAACAUGUUCCACGGUUUGA